AUGAAGAUCGAACCAUCAGCCGUACAAGUACCUGUGACGAAUUUUGAUGGACUUGCACAGGAAGGGGCGCUUAGAAAACAUGGUAACCUAUUCAAUGGUACGUCUAAGCGCGCGUUAGUUGUAGGCCCAAGCGGAUCUGGAAAAACUAAUGUAAUGAUCAGUUUGUUAACACAUCCUAAUGGAUUGAGAUUAGAGAACGUUUAUCUGUACUGCAAGUCGCUGUACCAACCCAAGUACAAAUAUUUACGAGAACUACUAACACCGCUUCGCGAAAUAGGGUAUUAUGAAUACAGUGAAGAUGAAAACAUUGCGACAUAA